AUGGAGAGACUGACAUCUAGGGGACCACCUGGCCAUCCUCAUCAGGGGGUGGCCUCUGUCUGCUGGCGGCUCACGGUGAGGGUGCUGGAGGCUCGUGGACUGGGCUGGGCUGACAUGUUGAGCGAGGCAGACCCUUACGUGGUCCUACAGCUGUCAACUGCACCUGGAAUGAAGUUUAAGACAAAAACUGUCACCGACUCCAGUAAUCCUGUAUGGAAUGAGACCUUCAGUUUCCUAAUCCAGAGUCAGGUCAAGAAUGUUCUGGAGCUGAGCGUCUAUGAUGAGGACUCAGUCACGGAGGAUGAUGUCUGCUUCCAGUUUCUCUAUGACAUCUCAGAAGUCCUGCCUGGCAAACUUCUCCGGAAGACCUUCUCCCUGCGUCCCCAGAGACAGGAGGAACUGGACGUGGAGUUCCUUAUGGAAAAAACGUCAGACCGCCCAGAAAACCUCAUCACCAACAACGUCCUUGUGGCGCGGGAGCUGUCAUGCCUAGAUGUCCGUCUGGAGAGCACGGGGAGCACAGCCGUGGUAGCAAAUCAGGACAAGCUGGAGCUGGAGUUGGAGCUGGUGCUAAAGGGGUCAUAUGAGGACACACAGACAUCUGCCCUGAGCGCAGCCUCUGCCUUCCGCUUUCACUACAUGGAGGCUCAAGAGGCAGAGCUGAGUGGGCAUCUGAGGAGCUCCAAAAGCAAUGACUGGAACUCAGAUAGCUCAGCUGGGCACCUCACUGUGCCCCUGAAGUCCUUGGUCGUGGGGAAGGAGAUGACCCUUGAUGUUCCUGCUACGAAUGCCCCAGGAGUGAGGCUACAGCUCAAGGCUGAGGGCUGCCAGAAGGAGCUGGCUGUUCGCCUGGGCUUUGAUCUGUGUGCGGAGGAGCAGGCCUUCCUGAGCAGGAGGAAGCAGGUGGUGGCCAAGGCCCUGAAGCAGGCCCUGCAGCUGGACGGAGACCUGCAGGAGGACGAGGUCCCCGUUGUGGGCAUCAUGGCCACAGGUGGAGGUGCCCGGGCCAUGACUUCUCUCUACGGCCAUCUGUUGGCCCUGAAAAAGCUGGGACUCCUGGACUGCGUGACCUAUUUCAGUGGCAUCUCGGGAGCUACAUGGACAAUGGCCCAACUAUAUGCGGACCCUGAGUGGUCACAGAGGGACCUCGAGAGACCCAUUCAAUAUGCCCGGGAACACCUCAUCAAGAGCAAGCUGGAGACCUUCUCCCCAGAGCGUCUAGCAAACUACCGCAGGGAGCUGGAGCUGCGGGCGGAGCAGGGCCAACCCACGACCUUCGUGGACCUGUGGGCUCUGGUGCUAGAGUCCAUGCUGCACGGUCAGGUGAUGGAUCAGAAGCUUUCAGGACAGAGAGCUGCACUGGAGCAGGGUCAGAACCCUCUGCCCCUCUACUUGAGCCUCAAUGUCAAAGAGAACAACCUGAAGACUUUCGACUUCAAGGAGUGGGUUGAGUUCUCCCCUUAUGAGGUCGGGUUCCUGAAGUAUGGAGCCUUUGUCCCUUCUGAGCUCUUUGGCUCCGAGUUCUUCAUGGGGCGGCUGAUGAAGAGGAUCCCAGAGUCCAGGAUCUGCUUUCUAGAAGGUAUCUGGAGCAACAUUUUCUCCCUGAACUUGCUGGAAGCCUGGUAUGACCUCACCAGCUCUGAUGACACCUGGAAGCAACACAUCAAGGACAAGAUCAGGAACCUAGAGAAGCCCCCUGCCUCCUCAAAGACUUCCUCAUGGCUGGAGGCCUUGUGGCUACAGCCUGGAACUGCACUGGCCCAGGCAUUUAAGGGCUUCCUGACAGACAGGCCACUCUACCAGCACAGCUCCAACUUCCUCCAGGGCCUUCAGCUGCACCAGGACUACUGCAACCAGAAAGAUUUCUCUACCUGGGCAGACAGCCAGCUAGACUGCAUCCCUGGCCAGCUGACUCCGCAGGAGCCCCAUCUCUGCCUGGUGGAUGCCGGCCACUUUCUCAACACCAGCUGUCCCUCCAUGCUCCGGCCAUGCCGCAGGCUGGACCUUAUACUCUCCUUCGACUAUUCCCUGAGGCCUUUUGAGGUGCUGCAACAGACCAAGCUGUACUGCCAGGGCCUGGGACUGCCUUUCCCCGACUUGGAGCCCAGCCUGCAGGAACAAUGCCAGCCCAAGGAGUGCCACCUCUUCUCAGACCCCACCUGCCCGGAUGCCCCUGUCCUAUUGCACUUCCCACUGGUCAACGUCUCCUUCAAGGACCACUCAGCACCCGGUGUCCAGCGCAGCCCUGCAGAGCUCCCGGACGGCCAGGUGGAUCUGAAUCCGGCCACCUCACCCUAUUCCCUGUUCAGCACGACCUACAAGGAGGAAGACUUUGACCGCCUGGUGCAACUCAGUGAUUACAAUGUCCAGAAUAGCCAGGGCUCCAUUCUGCAGGCCUUGAGGAUGGCUCUGAAGCGCCGGACCCUGGGGGCCAGGCUUCCAGGGGCACAAACUUGAGGCUGCUCAGGGGCCCCAGCACCCUGAGGGCCAG